AUGGAGACGAAGAAUAAUGAGGAGUACAUUACAAAGCAUAUCUCUCUGGUGGAUUAUGGUACACGUUUCCUGGUUCCCCCACACAGUCCCGGAGGUGGAGGUCUAGCCCUCUACUGGAAAACUGAAGUCAACCUCACGAUCCAAGCAUCUUGUGACAAUUACAUAGAGGUCGCCAUAUCCUACAAGGGAAAAACCUUUAAAACAACGUUCGUGUAUGGAGAGCCCGACCACUCGAAGAGAAGGAAAAUAUGGGAAGCAAUAACAGAGAAUCAUAUUGACAAAGAAGUACCUUGGUUCUUGACGGGUGAUUUCAACGAUAUCCUUGACCACGAUGAGAAAUCAGGAGGACCCGAGCGACCAGAAGGAACAUUCGGAGACUUCAGGACUUUCUUCUCCCAGGGAGAUCUGUACGAUCUACCCCACUCCGGCAACCCACUCUCUUGGAGAGGAGUGAGAUACUCCCACCUAGUGCACUGCCGCCUCGAUAGAGCUAUCUCGAACGGACUCUGGGCUGAAGCUUUCCCACGGAGUAGAAGCUACUAUUUGGAGUUUGAGGGAUCCGACCACAGGCCCCUGCUAUCUAUACUCGAAACAAACCUGAAAAGAAAGAGAGGGAUCUUUAGGUAUGAUAGAAGCCUGAUAGACAACGAGGAAGUCAUAAAACUGGUCAAGGAAGCAUGGAACUCAUCUGUGACUUCGUCGGUGGAACACAAAAUCACCAACUGUAGAAGAGCUAUCUCAAAGUGGAACAAGGAGCACCACAUCAACUCUCAGAAGAUCAUAAAUGAGGAAAAAAGGAAACUGGAAUUAGCCAUGAGCUCGUCUAGUAUAGACCAAGGAGAAAUCCUAACAAUAAACCAUAAUCUAAGCUCAGCUUACCAAAAAGAAGAGGAAUAG